AGUAGUUUUGUGAGAAAAGUAGCAGCGGAAUAAUGGCUUUAAUAGCGGAUAGUUUGCCAACUUUGUACGAAUAUACAGUGGAAAUGGCAUUACGCAGGGUUUAUCGGAUAACCAGCCCUAUUUUACGCUCAACCAGAAAAAUAUUACUCUGUACAGUGGGGCUUUCCACUAUUUCCGAGUGCCGAGGGAGUACUGGCGAGACAGGCUGAGAAAAAUGAGGGCAGCAGGCUUGAAUACCGUGGAAACUUACGUCCCGUGGAAUCUACACGAACCUCAACCAGGUGUCUUCGAUUUUGGUCACGGAGGAACUGAUAUGCACAACUUUUUACACAUAGACGAAUUUCUGAGAAUUGCCAAACAGGAGGAUCUUUUAGUGUUGGUUAGACCUGGUCCGUAUAUUUGCGCAGAAUGGGAAUUUGGAGGUUUUCCCAGUUGGCUUUUAAAAAAUGUUACUACAGUUAGGAGCUCAAAGGACAAAAAUUAUAUGUCGUACAUAACAAGGUGGUUUAACAUGUUACUACCCAUAUUGGCGCUGUUUCAGUUCCAAAAAGGGGGAUCGAUAGUCGGUUUCCAAAUCGAAAACGAGUUCGCAAGUCUCUCCAUAGACGAUCCAGCAUACCUCAAUACACUCAAAAAGUUAUUUAUUGACAACGGUAUAGUCGAGCUGCUAUACACAGCUGAUGCUCCAGAAUAUACACAUGGAAUUAUACCGGGAGUGUUGCAGACUGCUAACGUUGGAAGUAUGUCACAAAUUAUAAAUGGGAUAAAAACUAUGCACAGUCGACAGCCCAACAAACCGAAUAUGGUUAUGGAGACAUAUACAGGAUGGUUCGACCACUGGGGUGAAUACCAUCAUACUACGUCAGCGGAGAGUUAUUUACCCUAUCUAAAAGCAAUUUUGGAUUUUCCGGCAUCAAUAAAUAUGUAUAUGUUUGUAGGUGGUACUAGUUUUGGCUUCAUGAAUGGUGCCAACGAUGACACGAGAGGAAUGAACAAUUCUGGACUUAAACUAGACACCACCAGUUACGACUAUGAUUCUCCAAUCUCUGAAUACGGCAAUAUUAGCAACAAAUUUACAUUAAUAUCAAAUGAGAUAAUUGCCAGAAAUCCAGUUAAAACCAAACUACCACCACUACCAAACAUCACAGCUCCUGUAAAGUACCCGUCGAUUAUAGCCCAGGGACAAAUAUUACUGGCAGAUAUAAUUGAUGAAUCAAACGAAAAAAUUAUAUCAGAAGAUAUUUUAUCGAUGGAACAGCUACCUAUAAACAACAAUUCUGGUCAAAGUUACGGCUAUAUUGUUUAUAGACAGACUAAUCUGGAUCUACCAACAAAUUCUGUACUAAAAAUAUCUGGAUAUGUGAGAGACACCGUACUUGUUUUGUUGAAUGGAAAGUUGGUAUCACCUGCACCUGUCUCGGCAGAGAAUGUUAAGGGAUUUGGUUUUUGGCAGCUCUACAACUCUACCCUAAAUCUAAAUAAUACAGAACUUCAAAACGCUACUUUAGAUUUAGUUGUUGAGAACUUUGGAAGAUGCGGUUAUGGCGCCUUAGAUCAAUUCCAACAAUACAAAGGUCUUACUGAUGACGUUUUUGUUAACGAAAAUAAACUAACGCACUGGACGAUCAUUCCCUUAGAAUUUAAAACUAGCUGGAACAAAAAACUAAAUAGCUGGAAAGCUGUAGGUAACACUACAGAUACCCCAGCACUUUAUAAAUUUUCACUAAAUAUAAGAGAAGAGCCAAAAGAUACCUUUGUGUCUUUAAUGACCUGGGUCAAAGGGAUCACAAUCGUUAAUGGUUUUGUACUAGGUAGACACUUUUUUAUUGGUCCACAGCAAACUCUUUAUCUGCCUGCUCCAUUCCUACGAAAAGGAGUAAAUGAUAUUAUUGUUUUCGAGCACUAUCAUUCUCCUGGUUAUCUAGAUUUUGCAGAUCAUCCGAUAUUUGAACAGGUUGGUCAUGUACAGACUUUAAACAGAGGUGCUCAAUUGAAAACACUAAUAUCCUUCUUCCAAAAUCUGUAUGUUAUGGUGUCUGCAUAAAAAUAAGUUUCAUAUUAGAACUGAAAUGGCAAAUUAAAAAAUUAAGAAUGCCUAUCGAGCAAAAUUAGAAUAUGUUUUGCAGCUUUCUUAUUUAUUUGUUUUUUAUUUGUUGACUUUAUAAAAUGUUACUAAAGGAAUU